UAUAUAAACAACACCUCAACAAGAAUCUGAAACACUCCAUCAUAUAACAUACAACAAAAGAGGAACAGAGCGAUGGAGCUAACUGAAAUGAGUGUGUUGGAAGAGCUACUUGCUCCGAGAAGAACAGAGAACAACCUCGUCAACAAUGGCGGAUUCAUCACCUCCGACCAAAUCUUCACAAACUCAUGGAACUUAGAUUACUAUUGCUUCAACAACAAUCCUCUCCUCGACCACGAUGACACGACCAUUUACUCCUCUUCCCUGAUGGAUCUCAUCUCUCCGGCGCUUCCGGCGCCGUUGCUGAACCAGCCGCCGCCGCUAGUCACCGGCUUUGACUACCCUCUGCUCGACGCUUUACAAGAAAUGAUGGAGUUGUCGUCGUCAUCUUCACCUCCAUUGAUCCUCUCGCAGACCCAUCAAGAAGAUAACAACGACAACAUCAUCAACAAUAACAACAACAUGGCGUACUCGUCGCCAUUGAUGGAGGAGAGCAGGAGCUUCAGCGUCGGGUACUGUGGGGGAAGAGAAACGAACAAGAAGAACAGCAAGAGCAAGAAGCUCGAGGGACAACCUUCGAAGAAUCUAAUGGCGGAGAGGCGGAGGAGGAAGAGGUUGAAUGACAGACUCUCCAUGCUCCGAUCCAUUGUCCCCAAGAUCAGCAAGAUGGACAGGACAUCAAUCUUGGGAGACGCCAUAGAUUACAUGAAGGAGCUUUUGGACAAAAUAAACAAGCUGCAAGAAGAGGAACAUGAACUUGGCAGCGGCAACAGCAGUUGCAGCAAUUCACAUGAUGAUUCUAAGCUCUUCGCCGAUCUCAAUGACCUCAACGCAAAGGAAGCUACGGUCAGAAACUCCCCAAAGUUUGAAGUGGAAAGGAGGGAAAGUGAUACUCGAAUCGAUAUGUGUUGCUCGCCGAGGCCAGGGCUGCUUCUUUCAACUGUUAACACAUUGGAAACCCUAGGCUUGGAGAUCCAACGAUGCGUUAUAAGUUGCUUCAGCGAUUUCUCCAUGCACGCUUCUUGUUCCGAGGCCGCUGAGCAGAGAGAUUUGAUACGGUCGGAGGAUAUAAAACAAGCAUUAUUCAGGAACGCUGGGUACGGAGGAAGAUGCUUGUAGGAGCACAAGUUCAUAAUGAAACCAAUAAAAGGAAAUGAUUGGUUGGUUGAAAUCAUAAUCUCUUUUUAUUUAUCUUUUGCUUGUUUUAAUAUUGAUAUCUAUAAAUAGUUAUGAUACAAUUAGCAA